AUGCAGACGUGGCCGGGCCGUCGCCAGCGCUCGUCCAGCGUCGUGCUACUGAGCAAACUGUCGGCGAUGGUCCGACGUAGCAGUGCGUUUCAGAGCAAUCUCGAAGACGCACGCAGUAGCAGCCAAAGUCUCUGCUGCUACGAAGAAAAGGUGCAGGAAGACGACGACGAUGAAGACGACGAGGAGGAGGCGCACGAUGGUGACCACGACGACGAAGACGACAACGAGGAUGGCGGCAGUGAUGGUCGUACAAAGGAGACGGCGCCGUCUGCACCUCGCUGCAGCACGGGGACAACGGCCACGGUGCAGUCGAGCAUAACGAUGUGGAAUCCAUGCGGCAGCGGAACGAGCAAGGACGGGUCGAUUGAGCGGCUUCAGUUUUACCCAGUGCGACCGCUUGCUGCAGCGACGCUAGUGAGGCCACCGAGUCACGAGGAGCGCUGGCGGAGGGCGACGCUCGAAGUGCAGAUGGGAGAGUUUGGCGCUUUGCAUGCGAGUUUUGCACCAGCAGUGCUGACACUGCAUGGUCAGCAUACGGAAGACAAGGCGACUCGAAAAGCGGAGGAAGAAGCGACGGACGGGGUGAGCAUCGAUGGGCAGAAGAGCAUGGAAGGGAAGGGACGUCGAUCGGUGCGACGCUCAGCGGCGGAGGACGUUGCACCACCUUUUGACGAGAAUAGCGACCUGGAACGAAGUGAAGCAUGUGCGAGCGGUGACGAGCUGCUACACUUUGAUCAGGCAGACAUUCAAACGAGUGUGCGCAAGUUGAUGGGCCGAAUCGAGAGCGAGAGUCUCAUUGAGGAGUCGGACGUUCUGCUGAUUAGCACCGCAGCAAAGCAGUUGAAUCAGAGUGCUGAUUGUGGCGAGGAGGCCGAUGAUGGCGUCGACGACACUGAGGACGUCGACGAGCUGGAGCUGGAUAACAGCUGCGAGCACGGCAGAGUCAGCGGUGAGCAAGAGAAGACGUCCUUGGAGCUGGCACACGAGCUGAGUCCUACUGAGCACCAGCUACAGCAGCGACGACGUACUCAGCUGCUCGGCUGUGCAGCCGAGCAUGCAAUGUUGUCCGCCCAGGACCAGCUCACCUCGAGCGUGCGACGGUUAGUGAUUGAGCUGAAAGACGAUUCCGACCAGAUGCGCAAGCCGCUGGCUCAAUCGUAUGGACUCCGCCGCAAGUCUGCGCUUAGCCCGAAACGGGGGAGAGCUGGGUCAUGCCCGUCUGCAUAUGAUCUCGGCAUCUCGUCUCCUAGCGACGAUGGAUCCUUGAUGCUGACACCCCCGCCUCUUAGCCCCACGUCCGUUUCGCAAGAGGUGCAUCCUGGCAAGAAGCACAAGAAGAGUGCGUUUUCGAGAAUCUGUCCCCGCGUUUUAGCGACGCUGCAUUUGAGAAAGAAGCGCAAGACGUAUUUGUUCACCGACGAGGAACUGGAGACGAUUGAAGGUGCUCGGUGGAAGAUUGUCGAGCUGGCGUUUCGCUUUGGCGGCAAACAUCGCUCGUACUUGGUCCAGGCGAUCAACAUGUUUUUCCCGCUGCUCAAGUAUGGACGGCGCGGCGGUGCUCAUGCUACCAGACUCCACUGUAACUGCUGCGGAACACUACAGUGGCAGCACAAACGCGGCGGACUGAGCAGAGCUGUGGACCUAGCGGAAGUUCUGCAAGUGCUCAACGGUCGACAGACUGCUGUGUUUCGCAAGUAUCCAUCCACCAAUACACUCGAGGCGCUCUCGUUCUCGAUCGUUUUCCGGGACCGCACGUUGGACUUGGAGACCAAGAGUUCCAGUCACCGCGACUGGAUAGUCAGUGCUCUUCGUACUCUUGUAGCUUAUGCGCGCCGUCAACGUCGCAUCGAGCAGCAGGCCAUUGCUGAACGCACAAUACUGCCACUGGAGGAUGACGAGUUACCACCUCCUAUUUCCGUAGGACUUCUGCCCAUGGGAUCUCCGCCACCUAUGGCUGCGCAAGCAAAUCGACAGCUCGAUGAAUCUACCAGCAUAGCAGCAAGCCCCACCAAGUACAAACUUCGGACAGUGUACUAA